AUGUCCACACCAAUAAACCUCCACCGCACCAAGACUGCAAUCCACGGGGAACUUCAACAACGGGCCGGCCACCUGGCAGAGCUUGAGGAUCCAAAGGAGGGAGGGGUCUUGCGGCGCCGCCUCCAAGAAGGUGAAUGGCGCAAGUAUGCGUCAUCGUCGCCGGCAGAGACAAAGGCUCUGCCGCCGUUGCCGCCCAUCCACCGUCGCUGCCAUGCCAGCCAGCCGAGCCGUAGCAGUAAACUGGACCAAGUCGACUCCACUAUAGCCAAAGCGCCCUCCGCCCUCGUCCGCCUCCCUCACAUCCCAUCUCGCGCCCUCCACCCGCGAGCCUGCUGCUCCACCGGUGACGCUACGCCUCUAGCGCCCUCCACCUCCUCCUCUAGGCCGGCGGGAUGUCUACUCCCCUCCUCCAAGCAGGCUGCCCGUCCCGCUUAUCGCCUCUCCGCCCAGGCGCCCGAGCCCCAGAUCGAGGUCGACCUCGUCUCCGAUGUCCGUUCGCCACGCCUCAGCCCUCAAGAACUUGGAGAGAUGAUACCGGUGGACUCUACCUGCAAGGUACCUAUAUUCUUCAGAUGACUUGAUACGGUUUAUGAAAAAUGACCCUCUCGAAGCGCAACUAUGUGCUCAGUUGAUCGCCGUCAUGCUCGAUAGUGCAUUCUCUGUUAAAGGUGUCACAUGUUCGAUGAAACGCCCAAUAGCAGUGGUAUAUAUUCAUGAAGUUGCAUAUGAUGGCAUCAAACAUGCAUGGGACUAACUUCUUUCACCAGGUUAGGACAAACUAAUACCUAGGCACACUUAAAUCCUGAAUUGAGUUAGUUUUGGCAGAGUGUAUGUGCUCUUGAGUCUCGAUAGAAUUAUACAUAUACUUAGAUCAACAAGGACAUUCACGAGCUGCCUGUCUCACCACGAUGACAUGAUGUGGUCUCCAUGGUGAGUACUGAUAAUAUGUUACUUCGAUUAGAAAAUGGGCUCAAUCUUUAUUUACAAAAAAUUAGUGGUUGUACUAACAUUUGUAAAAUAGAUGGUGCCACUAGGAAUAUACCAUUCUAAAAAAUGAUCCUUUUGCUUUGCGGUUAAUUUUCUAAGAACAUUCGACCGCGGUUGUAAAGUAAUUUGAUCUGGGUGGGAGCCAAAAGAUAUUGCCUUCGAUGAUUGACAGUUUGAUGUGAACAAGGAUAAUUAAGUUGAAAUAUCACAACGUCUCGAACCUGUUAAUUUAUAUUAUAUUCCAAAGUGAUUUUAAUCUUCAACUGCACUAACUGAUAUUAGAAGGGUCUUUGAUGUCGAGCUAAAAGCGUUGUGGUGAUUAUGUGAGUGUUUUUUUCCGGUUAGCAUGCGUGGCACAUUCUUCUUCUAUUUUCAGUACUUAUUACGAUAAGGGGAUUGUCCGUGUGUGU